AUGUCUUUAGUGUACAGACAGUCAGCAUUCAUAGAAUAUUCAAAAGCGUUCAGUAAACCACCGUCAAAUUCCGUUUUAGAACGCGUUAUUGAGAGCGUCAUGAAGACAGAGACGCCCAAAAUAUUUGACAGAACAAUUAAUAAUAAAACAAAAAUUGAAUUAGAUAUUCUCGGGGAUUCUUUUGUUUAA